AUGAGGCUUCUUGGUAUAGAUUUUCAGAUAGGAUAUGGUGAGAUAGUUGGGAACCCAUGUUAUCAUGAUGAUUCUAAAAGAGAUGAAGACUGUGAAAAAGUUCUAAAAGUGAUGCAUUUAGCUCUUUAUAAAUUGCAACAAUUUUUGGCAGAAAAGGGAAUUGAAAAAAAAAGAUUUUGA